UUCAGAUUCAACAACCAAUGGGGACAUGCCUGAGAUGGGCAAUGAAGAAGAGAUACCGCAAUUCCAUCUAGAGUUCUUUGACGAUAUCCACCAAGCCAACAUGCUGAAGUCCCUGAACAUGAUGAGAAAAAACCGCCACUUUUGCGAUGUCAUUCUUCAUGUCGGCAAUGGUGAAAUCCAUGCCCAUCGUUCUGUGUUGGCAAGUGCGUCUCCUUAUCUUUUUGAACUCUUCACCACGGAUCAAGAUCAGAAACGACCUGAGAACGUCGUCACUUACAAACUGAACGGCGGCUUCGAUCAGACCUCUCUACAAAUCCUGAUCGACUAUGUGUAUACUGCAAAACUGGAAGUUCACUACAGAGAUAUCAAAGCUGUUUUAGUAGCAGCCAACAAUCUGAAGAUGGAGAGAGUUACAAGAGUAUGUGCCCAGCAUUUGAUCAAACAUCUGUCAGUUGAUAAUUGCAUAGAGAUUCGGUCUUUGCCGGGAAUUGCCAGAAACAAGGAGUUCAUCCAGCAGGUCGACAAUUUUAUUGCAAAAGAGUUCACCAAGAUCAGCCAAACAAGCAAUGUGUUAAACCUAUACUGCGCUCGAAUCGAAGUUCUGAACCAAUCCCGCGAAGAAAUGUCUCUCGUCAACGAAAGUUCCCUGUGCCGGCUCGUCUUGGAAUGGAUCAAGCGACAAGUCAACGAUCACCACAUCAACAUGUCUGGCCUCUCUGAGAAAACGUUCAUGCUGUACCUCGCCAUAGACAACUCCUUGCAGGACUGUUCUAGUCUACCCACCGGAGAUAUAAGCGACACUGAAAUCGUGCAGGACUACAAGAAGUUGUCGCUGAAAGACAAGCAGGUGAAUUCGAAGCCCAAUAGGAAGAUUUUGGGGCAGCCUUCGAAGCCUCGCGUAUUGAUAUAUAAUAGGGAAAUCGGCGAGGAAUUGGAACACGAACUUGAACCGGAUUGGAACUUGAUUGCUUCGGCUAGCGUCGGCGAGCAUAGCUUUUUGGCUUUAGUGACGCUGGGGGGUAAACUGUCAACGCUCUCGAUACAACUCAGGCUGAAUACCCCUUCUACACCUUCUCCUGUGCAAACUCCAACUGCCAGCAGGCCUGCCAGUGAAGAAAAACCCGAUCUAUAUUGUGCCCUCGCCAAUAUGUCCAGUCAAAGAUGUGCUGUUGGCUGUGGAAAUUUCAACAAUACCCUCAUUGUGUGCGGAGGCUAUGACAGGACAGAGUGUCUCAGAACCGUAGAACACUACAUUCCGGAAAUCAACAAUUGGAAAAAUCUACCUCAGAUGAGAGAAAGCAGAGGUCGUUUCAAAAUAGCUGUGCUGAAUGAAAAAGUGUUUGCCAUCGGUGGUAGCAACGGAACGACAGAGUUGGAUUCAGUCGAAAUGCUGGACUUAUCCGUGGGCAAAUGGGUAAAGAUGCCGAAAAUGCCUAUAGCUAGGAGCAACAUGGGAGUGUGUACAUUGGAAGGCUUGAUUUACUGCAUUGGUGGAUGGAACGGACAAGUGGGAAUAAAGCAGUGUGAUGUGUUUGAUCCGGAGACGUCGACAUGGUCUUCUAUUGCUCCACUCAAUAUAGGUCGCUACCAAGCCGGAGUAGCUGCCUACAACAAAAUGGUAUACGCCAUCGGAGGCUGCGAUGCUUGGAAUUGUCUGACCUCGGUUGAGGUUUACAAUCCAGAAGAAAACACUUGGCAAUCAUCCAAACCCAUUAUUACGGCGAGACGAGGUUGCGGUUUGGCUGUGUUUGAUAACAAACUUUACGUAAUCGGAGGAUCAGAUGGUUCUCAUUCCUUGAAUUCAACUGAAGUUUUCGAUGAAGCAACUCAGACUUGGACAAUGGGGCCAACUUUGACAACUCCGAGGGCUAAUGUAGAGGUGGCAGUUGUGGGAGAUCGGUUGUAUGCUGUCGGAGGUUUCUCAGGAAAGACUUUCCUGAACACCAUCGAGUACUUGGACCUGAAAUCAAAUGAGUGGACCACAUUCAUCCCGAAAGGUACCUGCGAAUUGCUGGCUAGGAGAAAACCGAGGAGUCGUAGGAACUCGAGGAAGAGUGUUUCGGAGGAUAAGAAAUCUUUAAAUUCGCCCACCAAGCCAUUGGAUAUAACAGAGAACUGCGUUACGACGCAAGAGCCCGCGACCACAGAACAGGAGACUGCUAAUUAAUCGAGAAUCUUCACGAUAAAUUAUUUGUUGACUUGAUGUAUGCUAUAUCUUUUACCGACUCUAAAGUAAAUUUAAGAUAUACGUAUUCCUUAACCAAUGCAAUUGAGUAUUAUAUUCAUGUUAUGCUGAAUUUUUUUUUGGUAUCAUCUUUCACAACUUUAUAUCAUAUUUCUUUAUAAAUUUUCGGCUUGAGAAGUGAUAGUGAUAAUUAGGUUAGGAGUUAAGUGGGUUGGUAAUCUCAUUUAUUCGUAUUUGUGUUCUUUGACAGAGAUCUUUAGGACAUGAAAGCAACCUUCGACAAUGCUGCAGUUUACUUUAUCGAUUUGAGAAUUUUCCUUUCAAAUGAAAUAAUGGGCGAGACAGGCAUAAGGUGAGGAUUAUCUUUCUUUUAGACAAGAUGACUCAUGUUGCUUGAUAUGUAGCUUACAUAAACUAAAAUAUUUUCAAAAAAAUUGGAAUACAACUGAUACUUUAAUACUCAAACAUUUCAAAUAUCACUUUAAAAUGUCAAUACUUGUUGCGUGACUGCUGUGAUGUCACAUGUUCCCAAACACUGGUAAAUUAAUAAUUUUCUCACCUAGAGACAACUGUGUCAGAGCUAUUUCCGGGUUUGUUGGCUGUGAUCUGCAGGUUUUUAUGUCUAACGUUUUGUCUACAACUGCGGUAGAUGAAAUGUAGUUUUUGAUUUUUCAGGUCGAUAAUUGAUACUUGUCUAUUGAACAAAAGUAUGGUCUCUUGACGCACUAACUAGCAUUGUUGGGAGGUGACUUGAACUGUCAGUUAUUAUCAUUUCCUGAUGCUUUACUUUAUUUUUUAUGAACUCGUCCGAAUAUUUUUUAUUAUAUUUUUCUACUCUCACAAUUUGAAUCUGUUGAUUAAGCAACAUAAUCUUUUGAAUUUUUUUCUAUUUCCGUUCAGUUUGUAACUUUGCUUUGACUUUCUUAGAGAUGAUAAUGAGAUAGUAGAUCUGAAAAAAAAAGAAUCCUGGUACUAAUAACAAUGGCUCGAAAAAAAAUAUCUGGAUAAACUCGACUCCAACUGACAAGUUUUUUCCUGCGCUUUCGUUUGCAAAUGCUCUAACAGUAAUUUAAUUUAAUCUCUGUCGAAAACUUACUUGUUGCUAUCGUCAUUGAUAAUCAAAUUGUCAUUUCGCUAUAU